CCUAUCUAUGUCUUAUUUUGACGCAUUAAAGCUGACAGAUGCUCCGUUUGCAACUGUUUUCUACAAGUAUUUUGUAUGAAAAUCUCCAAAUAUUUAAACUUUAUUUAUUGGGUGAAACAACCUUGACAUAUCUCCCCUCCCCCGGGCUCUGGAUCCUGGUGGAAACUUUUUUCUCCACCAAACAGUAAGAUCUCUGACCAGCUUCCUACACCUGAGUACCUCCUGCUGCGUGAUCAAGCUGCACCACAAGCUGCCUUUAGUCCAGUCUGUGGUUUAAAGGGAACAUCACGGCCCACAGCUGAGCUCUCGUUUUGUUCCGUUUUUAAAUCGGGGGAAAGGAAGUGCCAAAUAUUUAUGAAGAAUCAGAAAGAGGAAGCACUCUUUGCGUACAUGAAUCAAGGCUCAGAUCCCGUCAGUUACAGUAACAGCAGUCUGCAGGGGAGGUGGAGGAGGGGCGUGCUACAACCGCCUCAGCUGAGACAAAGCUUUAAUUAAAUGUGACCCACAAUCCUUCAUUAUCCAGACAGCGAGUGCAGCUGGACUGAUCAAUGGCCUGGAAUUGGAUGUGACUGCCCCACUAUCUGCCCCAGUAAACAACUGACAUGCAACUUCCGUGCACUGUCUAAGAAAGUUCACUUUUUCAUCCUGCCUUUAAAGUUGUUUGGUUUUUACAUUUUCUUUUCUUAUAACUCUGCGUCUCCUCCCUCCUCCUCCCCCCCACCAGGCAUGCUGAAGGUUGACAUGGUCCAGGAUGGGAGUGGCGGCGGCGGGGACACCAUCAGCCACUCCCUGACCCUGGUGCAGCGUCUGGAGGCCCUGCUGAUCCAGGGGAACGGCAGUGACGUGUCUCUCAGGGUGGAGACGCCCAGCGCAGACGAGGUGAAGGUGAUCCAGGCCCACUCUCUGGUGCUCUCCCUGCAGAGCCCCGUGUUCGAGGAGAUCCUGCUGAGCCGCAACAGCAGCAUGCUGGUCUUGAAGGAGAGCUCCGACUGUGCCGCCGUGUUUGACAAGUUCAUCAGGUAUCUGUACUGUGGAGAGAUUUCUCUGCGCCUGGAUCAGGCCACACCUUUACACAAGCUGGCCACUAAGUACCAAGUGAUGGGUCUCCAGCAGGGCAUCACCCAGUACAUGACCCAGAAUCUGGCGCGGGAAUCCACCUCAGGCCACGUGGCGGGCUGGUACGAGUACGCCCUGCAGGCCGGGGACGUGACUCUGAGGGACAGCUGUCUUCAGUUUAUGGCGUGGAAUCUGUCAUCAGUGCUGCAGAGCGGGGAGUGGGUGACCAUCAGCAGCCAGCUGCUCAUGUCCCUGCUGCAGCGCUCGGACCUCAUCCUGCAGAGUGAGAUGGAGCUCUUUGCAGCGCUGGAGGCCUGGAUUAUUCAGAAUGAGCCCGAUGGUCUGACAGCGGAGAACGCCUUGAGAGCGGUGCGUUAUGCCAUGAUGCCGCCACGGGAGCUCUUCCGCCUGCAGACCCAGUCAUCGGUCCUGGCUCGCUAUCAGGAGUCGGUGCGUGACCUGCUGUACAUGUCCUACCAGUUUCAUUCUGCAUCGCCGCUGCACAUGGCCAAAUACUUUGACGUGAACUGCAGCCUCUUCAUGCCCAGGAACUACCUGUCGCCAGUGUGGGGGUCGCCAUGGAUCAUCAGCAACCCCUCGCGUGACGACCGCAGCACCAGCUUCCAGACCCAGCUGGGGCCCAGCGGACACGACUCCAGCAAACGUGUGACUUGGAACGCCCUGUUCUCACCGCGCUGGUUACCCCUUAGCAUGAGGCCGAUGUACACGGAGACAGGCGCCAUGCAGCCGACACGUGUGGAGGGAGGGCGCCCUCGCAUCAUCAUCACACCGGCCACAUCCAGUGCAGAUUUUGCCGGGGUGAACUUCCAGAAGACGGUGAUAGUGAUGGCUCAGCAGCAGGGGAAGGUGGUGGUGAAACACGUCUACAACUUCCACCAGAGCACGGAGGAAAACGGGGAUUUCUUGGCCGAAGCCGACCUGUACCGCCGGACGUCGGAGUACCUCAUCGACAGCUCCCUCUUCCUCCAUAUUGUGGUGAAGCCGCUGUACCAAACCCUCAUAACCAGCAAGAACUGACCCUCCGCCCUCCUCUCCGAGACACCUUACCUCACCGAACAAAAUCCAAACGUGAAGUGACAUCUCACUCAUAUCACAUCAUGAGGACGUGGAUCUGAAUCGUCCUCGUGUGUGAUGUUUGGAUCAUUUGUCUCGUCUCAUUUAACUUCUGUUUUCACUGGGCAACUAACGACCUGA